AUGAAGCUCAGCGUCCUUGCCGUGGCCGUGAGCCUGGCGGGCACCGGAUCCGCCGCUCCUUCGAGGUCGGAGCCGUCUAGCGACCAGGCUCGGAAUCUCGAGGCCCGAGACGCCGACACCAUCGGACCCAUCAUCGACAAGUUUCACGAUCUCUUAUUCGGCGGCAAGAAAGGAAGAGGCGGCGGCGGAGGCGGCGGCGAAGAUGAGGGUGACGGUGGCGGUUACGGUGAGGACGAAGAGGAUGGCGGAGGAGGCGGAGGCGGAGGUGGCGGCGGCGCUGGCUCCUGCAGCUGCUGUUGCCCGACGUCGAGCAACAAGCAGCGACGCAGCAACGACUUCGACGUCUUGAUGGACGGUUACAAGAACAACGUCCUCAACAAGCGAGAUGGCCAGCAAAUGGGCCCGCUCGUUGAGCUUGUCAAGAGGACCUUUGGCGGCUUCUUCGCCAACGACGAGGCGUCUACCAACCAGCCCCAAAGCCUCAAGGCUCGAGACGCCGAUACCAUUGGACCAAUCAUUGACAAGUUCCGUGAUCUCUUCGGUGGAGGCAAUAAGGGAGGCGGUGGUGGCGGCGGCGGCAGAGGUGGGGGGGGUCGAGGUCGAGGCGGCGGCGGCGGCGGCGGCGUAGACCGAACCCCGAGCGGCUGCUGCAAGUGCUGCGACAUCGACUUUGACGACGUCGAGAGGACCGCUUCCCGCUUCGAUCUCGACAUGGUCAGUGAAGGGCAGAUGGCGGAGCUGCUCAACUACGUCAAGGACAACGUCAAGGCCCCUCACCAGAACCGUCUCGUCACGCGCGACGGCACAACCAUUGGGCCCAUCAUUGAUAAGCUCCACGAGCUCUUUGGUGGCGGCAAGGGAGGUCACCAAGGCGGAGGUGGCGGUGAGGGCGGCGAUGGGAGCGGCGAUGGGGGCGACGAUGGGGGUGAAGGUGAGGGCAACGACGAAGGCGAAGGCAAGGGUCGCGGCAAGGGUCGCGGCAAGGGUCACGGUGUCUGCAAGCCCCUCUGCUCCGGCUUUGCCCGCCGCGACACGACCCUGGCCGGCCUCGCCGCCGCCGGCCAAGGCAUGUCCCUGGCCAACAGCACCGAGGCCGGGUCGCAGAACCUCGCCCCGGCCAAGGCUCUCUUCACCGACAUGCUGCAACACCUGCAGGCCAAGGGCCGCUGCGUCGUUCCUUGCCGGCCCACCAGUCGACCGACAGAGCCCACUUGUGUUCCUCGCCCCCCCGGCCCUGGUGGCCGUCACGGCGGCUCUGGCCCUCAUGUCAGCCCUGACGGCGUCAAGUAUUGUCCUGAGAGGCCUACUAAUUCGCACACUGCCCCACAUCAUACUACCGAUACUGGCUCUGGCAGCCGUCCUAACGGCUAUGGCUCUGAUGGCUCCGGCGGCUCCGGCGGCUACGGUGGCAUUGCGGGCUCCGGCGGCUCCCACGGCUCUGGUGGCUCCGGCGGCUCUGGUGGCUCUGGCGGCUCCGGUGGCUCGGGCGGCUCCCAUGGUUCUGGCGGCUCCCAUGGCUCCCAUGGCUCUGGCGGCUCUGGCGGCUCUGGCGGCUACACCCACUCCGAGGGCCAUCCCACCAGCUCCACCUACUCCCAGAGUCUUCCCACCAACUCUGGUACUAUAAGAACUUAUCACUAG